AUGCAUCUUUCUAAGUCUUAUACCUUGCUUGCCUUGUCCCUCGCGGCUGGAACUGCCAGCGCGCGUCCAAAUGGAGAUUCGGGCGCCGUCGGUCAGAGCACUGCCAUUCAGUCUACUGCGGUUGCUGGAAACAAGGGCCCCAAGGAGUCCUCCAGCGUCAUUUUUGCUCCUGAAGGGCAUGCAACAACCUUUGUCCCCGAGACUACCUGGGUGACUGAAGUUACCACCGUCUGCACCCAUGAAACCUGCCAGGGGAAGCCCACUUCAACCCCCGUGGCUGAGCCUACUUCUGAGUCUAGCGCCACCACUGAAACCACUGCGCCUGUUCAGAGUGCUCCUGCCCAGAGUGCUCCUGUCCAGAGUGCUCCUGCUCAGAGUGCUCCCGCUCCCGCCCAGAGUGCUCCUGUCCAGAGUGCUCCUGCUCAGAGUGCUCCCGCUCCCGCCCAGAGUGCUCCUGUCCAGAGUGCUCCUGCCCAGAGUGCUCCUGUCCAGAGUGCUCCCGCCCAGAGUGCUCCUGUCCAGAGUGCUCCUGCUCAGAGUGCUCCCGCUCCCGCCCAGAGUGCUCCUGUCCAGAGUGCUCCUGCCCAGAGUGCUCCUGUCCAGAGUGCUCCCGCCCAGAGUGCUCCUGCCCAGAGUGCUCCUGCCCAGAGUGCUCCCGCUCAGAGUGCUCCUGCCCAGAGCGCCCACCCAACAAGCGCCCCUGCUGCCUCGAGCACGCCUCUCAUCAAGCCAACUCCCGCUUCCUCGAGCGCCCACGCAAGCUCUUCCGCUCACAAGACCUCCAGGCCUACCUCAACGAGCACGAACGAAAUCAAUGAAGGAGGCGAAGCCCCGGCCGGUCCAGAGUCUACCGGAGGCCCUAUCAACCCCGGUUCUAGGGUCAUUAUCCCCGGAGUUGCCACCUUGGUUGGUAUUGCUUUCGGCUUAAUCUAUAUGGCUUAA